AUGGAGCUGUCGGCUUUGAGCGAGCUGGCUGCAGGAGUUGAACGGCGUGGAGGGGCUGCAUUGAACUACUGCAUAGUGCAUCCCACCGUCUGGGCAUCCCACGUACCCGUCGGCAGAGGUCCCCGUGUAGAGAUCGGUGACAUGGCCAAGCCCUUCGCCGGAGCUGUUCAAGGCAGCGACGCACCGGAGCGGGGGGCUACAACUCGUGGCAGGGCGGAGGGCGCACGCGGCUCCGACCGCGGCGGAUCCCGCGGGGUGGAUGGGGGCAUCUGCUGCGGAUCUCACGGGGUGGGAUGGGGACAGCCGUCGCCGCGCCGGUCGGGGAUGAAGAGCCGCCGCCAUCGUGGAAGCAAGGGGAAGGGAGGCCGCUGCUGCGGCUACCCACUGGAGCUUCGACCAACUACCACCGGUCAAUUCCGCUUUGGGGCCACCCCUGACUCUACCAUCAUUAUAGGGGUAUGGGGUUCGAGACAAAGAAAGAUCAAGGCAGCAUAUCAGUUUUUCCUAUAUACUUUACUUGGAUCCGUUUUUAUGCUAUUAGCUAUUCUGUUGAUUCUUCUCCAAACAGGAACCACCGAUUUACAAAUUUUAUUAACCACUGAAUUUAGUGAGCGGCGCCAAAUCCUUCUAUGGAUUGCUUUUUUCGCCUCUUUUGCCGUCAAAGUGCCUAUGGUACCAGUUCAUAUUUGGUUACCCGAAGCCCAUGUAGAGGCACCUACGGCUGGAUCCGUCAUCUUGGCUGGAAUUCUUUUAAAAUUGGGAACCUACGGGUUUUUAAGAUUUUCAAUACCCAUGUUUCCCGAAGCGACACUUUGUUUCACUCCUUUCAUUUAUACUCUAAGCGCGAUUGCUAUAAUAUAUACUUCCUUGACCACUUUAAGACAGAUCGAUCUUAAGAAGAUCAUUGCCUACUCCUCAGUAGCCCAUAUGAAUUUGGUGACUAUUGGUAUGUUUAGUCCGAACAUACAGGGAAUUGGAGGUAGCAUUUUACUUAUGUUAAGUCAUGGACUGGUUUCUUCAGCCCUUUUUCUAUGUGUUGGUGUUCUAUAUGACCGACAUAAGACUCGACUUGUUAGAUAUUAUGGAGGUUUAGUGAGCACCAUGCCGAAUUUCUCUACCAUUUUCUUCUUUUUCACUUUAGCCAAUAUGAGUUUACCCGACACUAGCAGCUUUAUCGGGGAAUUUCUAAUCUUAGUAGGAGCUUUCCAAAGAAAUAGCUUAGUAGCCACAUUAGCUGCGCUUGGGAUGAUUUUAGGCGUGGCGUAUUCCCUUUGGCUAUAUAAUCGUGUGGUUUCUGGAAAUUUAAAACCCGAUUUCCUCUAUAAAUUCUCUGAUCUAAAUGGCAGAGAAGUUUCCAUAUUUCUACCUUUUCUUGUUGGAGGGGCGACCGUCCGUUGAACUACCAAAAAGGGU